AAAAAUCGAAAUUGUUGCAAAAUUAUCUAGAAAUAUAUAAAAAAUUUGAACAAAAUGAAUAGCAUUGGCGAAGAGUGUACAGAAUUAAAGAAAAAAUAUGAUGAUUGCUUUAACUCGUGGUUUUCAGACAAGUUUCUCAGGGGAAACAACGAUGAUUCCAUAUGCGCUGAUAUCUUUAAAGUUUAUCAGGAUUGCGUAAAGAAUGCAAUGAAGCAACAAAACAUUGACUUCAAGGAAAUUGACAAAGAUGUACUAGGCACUGAAAAUGAGAACCGGCCACCAGGCAGCAGUUGACAUCCAUUCAGCAUGAUGUGCAUGCUUAAUCCUGCCACUUGUUGGAACAUUUUCACUCGAGACAUGUUCAAACAUCAACAGGAACAAAUACAGUGUGAUAAAAAUUAUGUAAAUAAUAAUAAUAAUGAACUAAAUGAAUGUGACUUCAUGUAACUUUCAAUUUUAACCAUACAGUGCAAGCAGUUGAAACUGGUUUUUAAAUUAUAUUCCUGUAAAUAUGCUUGCUUGUCACUAUUCAAUGUUUGCUAUUUCUUAGCUGCUCAAGCACAUUAAGGAAUUUAACAUAGACAUAUUAAUUAUCAGUGAAUGUUUUGUAGUGUUGUAUACAGCACGUUUUGCUAAAAUUUGGAUAUAUCUGUACCAGCCCCAGUAGCAUGGUUACGCAUGAUAGUCGCGACAAAAUUGAAAUAAGCGCCCUAUUGGCUAUCCAAAUUAGAUCUGAUUGAGACAGCCAAUAGCAUGCGCUUAUUUCAAUUUUAUUGCGCGGGUCGAGACUAUCAUGCAUAGCCAUACUACAGGGGCUGUAAAUGUAUCAUGUAAUAAUUGAUUUAAUUAUUUAAUAGUAGAUGUUCAAAUUCAAUACCUACUAUGUUUGUGUAGAACUAUAUUUAACAAACACACAAGGAGAUAUGUGUCUUCAAGCCUAGUCAUGCUAUGGUUGCUGAUAAAAUCAUGUGUCAGGUUAUAUUGGCUUACAUAGAUUUUUACCAUUACUAUUAUCAUAAUACUUUAAAAACAUUAUCAAAAGAUUCAAACAUUAUGUUAUAUUAUGUGAAUACUGAGGAAUGAAACAAUCAAUUUUGCCCAUAACUAGUAUUAACGAUUUACAUUGCAGGCAACCAUUAAAAACCAGAGUUAGUUGCUAUUCCUGAUAUAUAGUGCAACCAAUUGUUAAUGUUAGGUUUUCCAAAAUGUAUUUUAAAAAUUAUGCAUUUAAGUGCAGUAUGUUUUGUUUUGUGCAAUGUUUUAUAGUCUAUGUGUAAAAAUAGUAGUAGAUAUUUAAAAAUAAAUGUUUGUUUAUAGUAAAUAUGUGUUUUAAGUAAAUGUGAUGUUGUCUCCUUAUAAUUUAAUCUAUAUUAUAG